CCAAACGUCACGAAAGGCCGACGUCAGUAUGUAUGCGUUGCACAUGGCGCGGAGCUGCGCGCAGUUUCAGUUGUCGAGAAGUUUCCGAAUUGCGACUCGUUAAUCGCGCCGCGCGCCCCGUGUACGACGGAAGAUGUAGGGUUCUCGCGGCUUCGUUUGUUCUCAGACUGCGACUAGCACGAGGCUGCCCGUUUAGCGCUUGUGUUGUGGUCGCUGGCCGAACGGCGCCAACCGAACGGUGGCCGCUCGUUCUAUGGGCUUUCUCUGUGUUCGUUUAGGAUUGUGCACUUGCGCAUCGCUUUGUACGUAGGCUCGCCGCGGCAAAGUGCGCGCUUUUUUCUUCGCUCGUGCGAGAGAUGGAUGACGAUCGAAGGAGGGAUCACAAAGGCGCCGUAAAACACGGCACCCACGACGACUCCGUGAAUCACAGGAGCAGCAUGUUCGAACUGCGGCUGGUGACGCUGGACCACUACCUGGCGGCUCCCUCGGCCCCGCUGGACCCGCUCGUCUCCAAGCUGGGCGGCUGGGAAGUCUGGCAGGUGCCCGUUUUGCGGAUCUUCGGCGUCACGCCCGCAGGCCAGAAAGCAUGCCUGCAUGUUCACGGGGUCCUGCCGUACUUGACGGUGCCAUGCACGGAGCCACGACCCGAGCGCUUUGCUGUCGUGCUCGCUUCCGAGAUCGACCUGCUGCUCAACACGGCCGCUGGACGGGCCACCAGCAUGCACCGGCACGUCCACCACGUGGCUGUCUUCCGUGGCAUGCGCCUGUACGGUUUCCAUGACAGAGAGGAGACCUUCCUGCGAAUCUACCUCUACAACCCGCAUCAUGUGCCCAAAGUGGCGGAGUUGUUGCUGUCGGGGCACGUGCUGAAGCAGGUGAUGCAACCGCACGAGGCCCACAUUCCCUACUCUUUGCAGUUCAUGGUGGACCAUAACCUUCAUGGCAUGAGCUUUGUACGCGUGGAGUCAUUCAAGUUCCGGCGGCCACUGAGCUGGGCACACGACGACAGAAGCAAGGCCCUUGGUAGUGGACCUGGCAUCUGGAGCCUGCGAAACCUGCCCGUGGAGCAGUUUGGAGACCUGGAGAAGCAGACUACGUGCGAGCUGGAGCUGGACUGCUGCGCUAAGGACAUCGCCAACGCCAGCGAGAAAGAGGCACUCAACCCGGGACUGGCGGCUCUGUGGCAAGAAGAAGAGGACCGUCGGCAGGAGCCAGUCUCAUGGGCACCCCUCUCACUUGAGGACGAUGGCUUCCCCCCUACCGAGAGCGAGCGGUUCUACCUGGCCAGGCUCGACAAGCUGCUUACCAGGCCUACCAUGGAUGAGCAGGAACUAACGGGCAGCGCCAAGCAGUCCAGAAAGAAGCACCACUCCAGGCUGCUGGACACCUCCCACGGAAUCCUGGACAGUCAGGAUGAGGCGCUGGCCGAGGCACUGGCGCAGGCGGCAUCCAGCUGGCACCAGGGUGCAAACGAGGAGCAGGACAGCAUCCUGGGUAGCCUGCCAGGGCCCGACGAUGUGGUUGACGAAGAAGAUGACAAUGACGUUGAGGACAUGUCCCAGGUGUUUCAGCUAGCAGGCGAACGGGAGCAGGACAAUGAUGGAGAUAGCUCAAUGUCGGACCACUCUGAUGGCAACGAGGCCUACGACCCGUUCCAGCUCGACGGUGCCGACGACCGACCUGCGGGUGCAAGUGGGACGGUGGCAACCACCAGGGACCAGGGGACGCAGACGGGAGCACGGCCUCCCGUGUUGGUGCGACGACUGCUGGGGAGGGCACGAGCGCGGCGCUGCACGCGCCUCUCGCUGCAACGACAGCAGCAGCAGCAGCAAAAUUCGCAGCUGCGUAAACCAGAGCAGUCGCCAGCAAAGUCUGCUGUACCUGACGCGGGACCAGAGGCGUGUCAUCAGAAGGAAGUCCCGGGUUCCUCACCACUUGUUGCCGAGGACUGGCAGCGCUGGCAGAGCUGUCACGUGGCGUCCAUGCUGAUGGCACCAUUACCAGGUGACGGCGCACCCUCUGGUGGUGAAUCCAGCCCAGCGCCAUCCCUGUCUCCCAAGUCGCGUGCAGGUCGUGAAACAAGCUCCUGUCUUCUGCCUACCGUGCAACCAUGCUCCGUCGAGCUUUCACGCCUGACAGACGAGGAAAUUGCUUGGUGGCAGCAGCGACGAGAGCCAGAGGGUCGCCGUAGGUGGAGACUGCGGCAGCUGGAUGUGCAUGGCCAGAGUUGCGCUUCCCCAGUUGAGGACAUGUCCGAGCCCAAGAAACAACGUCGGAAACGCGUCCAUUCAGCAGACAGUAGUGUAGCUGGUAGCACCAGCUCGCAACGGAGUGCUUUGUCUGUGAGAAAACAUGCUGUCUCAGUGAACUCUGUGUUGCCUCAUGCUGAGGGAUAUACGGAAUCUGAAGUCUGCCCAGUGGAGGUGGACCACCGGACUCGUCGGGUUUCUUACAGCUCUUUGGCAGGCGACAGCGAGGCAUCGAGCAGACGUGUGAAGGCUGGCACUAGGAAGGCCAGCAAGAGGGUUAAAGCGACAAAUGACUCUGCUAAUGCCAGGACGUUGAGAGAGAGGGAUAUUGGUGAGAAAGCAGAUGAGGGUCAGGUUAGGGUGUGCGUGACAGGCUCUGGGGACAAUGCGGAGUCUUCAGUCCUCGCUGCAGCUGCAGCUGCUGCUGGCCUUGGCUCAGAGCUCAGUGUGCCACUUGUAGAAGAACGUGCUCCAAAUUCGCGCAGAGGAAGAAAGCUGUCUACAAAGCGUCGUCUUGCCGUUGAAGUCAUGGAGACCGUACCCGAUUCUGAUGCAUCCUCAUCAUCAUUGUCAUCAUCGUCACACCUUGUAGGCAAGUGCAGUGAUCUUGAAGUGAGUGGCAGCAGGCCAUCUAUCAUCUGUCGGAUCCGUAUCCAAGGAAAACAUGGAGUCAUCUCUACCACCAGCACUCGGCAAGUUCCUCGUGUAGUUGGCUUUGUCAGUCCCGACAGGUCUACAACUGAAAGUUGUGUUGCGGAUCUUGGCAGCCCUCCAACCUGCAGUGCUAGCGAUUCAUCGAGCAGCACCAUCGUUGGAACACAGAUGUCAGAUGGGCCUACAUCCGGUGCCACACCUUUGAGCUCUGAGAUGGCAGAUCCUGGUGUAGCACUGAGGCACAAGGUUUCUAAGAAGAAUAAAUCAAGCACCGUGACACCUGAAGCACCUGCUGUGCAUUUGGAAAGCUCCAAGGCAGCCCACAUGUCAGAUGCCCCAACAUCUCUUGCCACACCUUCGAGCUCUGAGGUGGCAGAUUCUGGUAUUGUUUUGAGGCAGUCCAAGAGUUCCAGGAACGGCAAGUUGAGCACCGUCACACCUGAAGCACCUGCCACGCGUUUGGAAAGUUCGGAAGCAGCCCACAUGCCAGAUGUUCCUGAGCCUGUUGCCGCAUCUUUGAGCUCUGAGGUGGCAGAUCCUGGCACGACAUUGAGGGCAAAGUUUUCUAAUAGCAAGUCAGGUACUGUGACACCUGAGGCACCUACUGCACAUUUAGAAGACUCCGAAGCAGCUCCCGUGCCAGAUGCUUCAACAUCUCUUGUCACAUCUUUGAGCUCCGAGGUGGCAGAUUCUGGUGUCGUUUUGAGGCGGACAAAGAGUUCCAGGAAGGGCAAUUCAAACACCGUGACACUUGAAGCCCCUGAUGCGCAUUCGGAAAGCUCUGAAGCAGCCCACGUACCAGAUGCUCCAACACCUCUUGCCACGUCUUUGAGUGACGAGGUGACAGACUCUGGUGUUGUGUCGAGGCGGCUUAAGAGUUCUCGGAAGAGCAAGUCAAGUACGGCAGCACCUGACACACUUGCCAUGCAUUCGGAAAGCUGCAAAGCAGCCAGUGUGCCAGACACUCCCCAGUCUGACGCCACACUUUUGAGCUCUGAGGUGGCGGAUCAUGGUGUGGCAUUGAGGGCCAAGUUUUCUAGGAAGAGCAAGUCAAGCAUCGUGAUACCUGAAGCCCCUGCUGUGCAGUUGGAAAGCUCUGAAGCAGUCUACAUGCCAGAUGCUCCUGAGCGUGUUGCCACACCUUUGAGGUCUGAGGGGGUGGAAUCUGGUGUGGCGUUGAGGCCGAAGAGAUCUAGGAAGAGCAAGUUGAGUACCGUAACACCUGAAGCACAGUUGGAAAGCUCUGAGGCAGCCCACAUGCCUGACGCUCCAACAACUCUUGCCAUGAGCUCUGAGGUGGCAGAUUCUGGUGCACUGUUGAGGCCCAGGAGUUCUAGAAAGAGCAAGUCGAACACCAUAACACCUGAAGCAUCUGAAGCACAGUUGGAAAGUCCUGAAGCUUUGUUGAGCGGGGUGCCUCCUCCAACUGUAGAGUUAGGUGCCUCUGACAUUGCACCACAUGACUUGCCCAGCAGGAAAAGCACUCGGUCAGCUAGUGAUGCUGGCACUAAAAAAGCAAAGCAAGCUGCCAGUUUCAUUGCUUCUAAACCAACUGAAUCACCUGAAGCACUGAGUAGUGGCCCUGCUAGAAUUGAAAACGUAGAUAAUCAUCAGCUGCAUGGUAGCAAUAGUAGAAUGGAAAUGGGAGCCCCUCAUGCAACUCUAGGAGCAUUGCAAUCAGGCAGUGAUGUCGAUACUAUUCAGGAGCCCAGAAAUGUGAAGCCAGUUCCAAAGCGGGGCCGGCCUAAAAGGACAAAUUCUGUUGGGCCACUGUUCUCUAGUCCUGACAGCCAAGGUGCAGCAGAUGUACCGUCAGAUGACAGCACUGUACAUUGUGAGAACUCUGUACGACCAACUACGAGGCGUACGAGACGCCAACUAGCGAGUUCUAAGCUAUCAUCAAAGGAGGUUAGUGCCACAAGUUCAAGUAGUGCAGAGUCGGUCACAAGUUUUAGCAGUUGUGAGGUGAGACGAACAAACAUCUCAAAACUAGUCAUAAGGCCCAGCCGUUCCAAAGUGAAAGAUUCUAAUGCAUCUUUGAGCCUUAGCACUGAAAACGUGAAUGCCACAGAACUGGGCGCCGAUUCUGCUGUGCAGGUAGUGGAUCAUGUUGCUAAAUCUAGCAAGUCUGAAGCGAGAGGGCGCAGCUCAUCGAGAAUCUCUGCUAACAAGUUGGCUCUUAGAACGAAGAUUCGUAAAGAAGACAAGAACGAAGAAAAAACUGACAACCCGAAGCUACAAAGUGAGAGCUGCCUUGUUGCUGAUACUUCGGGCACCCCCCCACCAGUCUCUGACAUAGGCGUUACCUCAGCAGCCACCGUUGACACGGUAACGUCCAGCGUUUUGUCAGUUGGCACUACCUGCAGCACAGGCGCAAGCACUGCCAAGCUUGUCAGUGACAGCAACAUGACUAGGCAAGUAAGUUCCGGCUCACAGGUGACGAGCAGUGGCACGGGUGAUAAGGGGAUCAGCGCUUCCAACUGUGGUGCCCCUGAAAUAGUCAACUCUCGUGACCGCCUGAUGUCCAUCACGUCUAGGUCGAGUGCAUCGUCAAACAGGCGGGAAGUGGGAGGCCUGCCAGUACGUUCGAGCAAAUCGCGAAAGAGAGCAGGCCUCCCUGAAGCUCACGACCCUGGGAUACAGGAACUACUCGUCACCUAUGAGAAGCUUACGAUUACACCGCCUAGUGAGCUUUUGAGUGACGGCAGUGUGGGCAGCAAGCAGUCCAAUGUGGCACGACCGUCUGCGGCAUUUAACUUGCCCGAAGCAGCAGGGAGCAGUGACUCACCACGAAGAUCUCCGUCAAGCAGUGGUACCAAUUCUGUUGAGAAGGAAGGCACCCAGAAGUGCAUCGGUAAUGAUGAGCCUGAAGCAGAGCACCCUAAAGAACUCUCAAGUAGCAGCAAUCCCAUUGCUGAAAAAGAAUCUGGCAGUACAAAGUCAGUUGUGUCAUCGGAUAGGAGUGAAGCAGCUGAUGCCGGUGAUUUGAUGAGAGGUGCUGAUACGGGAGUAGAGAACAGCCCUGAAUUGGUCCCAGCACUGCCUGUGUCAAACUGUGCAGGGACCAAACCAGGUGCAGCAGAUUUUACCAUACGGUCUAGUAGUGCGAGUAUUGCAAACUCGUAUCUUGUUGCUGCUGAAGAAUUGGAAACUUCAUCGCCGCACACCAGGCAGUGCCAGUCUGAAGUAGCAGCUUUUGAUGUCCCUGUAAGCAGCAACAUUCCCGUCUUUGAGGCAACCACAUCUGAGCCAGCCAUUGAGCCUGUAGUACCUGAAGAAGUGAAUGGUGGCUCAGCAUUUGGUAGUGACCUUGCUCCUGCAGAUACUUCGGCGAAUGUCAACUUGCAUGCAGGUUUAAAUGGCCCUGUACCUGUGGGUUCUCCGCAAGGAAACACAUCCAGCAUUUCUGCCAGCAUAAUGGAUGUUUCUGAACCAGCCGCUAAGCCUAAGGUUUCCGACAUGGCUGGAACCGAUGCCCCUCUAAACAAAUUACCAUUGAGCUCCGAUAGCAAGAACGUGCCGAGGACCAGUCCUGCCAGGUCACUGAGCAUGUCUAAUAAAGCAGGAACAGAAUCUCUUACUUUGCCAUUGGGCGAUGAUUUUGAUAGCUCGAGCUUAAGCUCCAUCAAUUCAGCUUCUGAGCUAAGUAGACCUCACGUGGCAAGUCCCAUUGAACAAAGUUCCUCUGAACUGUUGGACAGCCACCGUGCUGUUCACGAGGGCAGUGCCACUGAGCUUGUGACCGAGUUAAGCUGCUCUAUAGAGCUGGGUCAGAGAGUGACAGAGGGCUGUGCUGAGCAAGAUGCCAGUGUGACUGGGACACCUGAACUGGUUCAUAGUCUUUGUGUGCAGAAGGGAAAUGAAUCCCAAAAAGCAUCAAGCGAUGAUGUUCAAUUUGAGGGUGAACCUCCAUCUCGUAUUUGUGCUGGCAGCAAGCGGACUAUGGCUGAGGUGCCGAGUGCUGUUGGCUCCAUAAAUUCUGCUGAGGUGUCAUCUGUUGACGAUGACUUUAUAUGUCUAAGCCCCGAGGCCGAUGCAGAAUGGAUCCUGCUUGAUGAGGUUAGGGAUGACUCCAUAGAGCUGUUUCCAUCGCCUGAGGAGAGCAUUGCAGCGGACUGUAGUGAAAGGUGCAUUGACCAUACCAUUGAAAACCAUGUGCCUGACUCUGAGAUGAACUGCGAUAAUGUGGGUGUUAGCGAGAAAAAUGCCAUCGGCGACAUGGGCGAGAAAGACCUCGUUGGACACUUUGAUGGGGUCAGCAGUGAAGAGAGUGUUCAUGAGGGUGUGGCUGAUGGAAAUUCUAUCCAGCAUGGGGGCAGUAAAAGUAGGAGCAAGAGAACUGUUGAGAGUGUAUGCAGGGAGAGCUCUAUUGACAACAGCUGUGAAAGCCGCAUUGGAAAUGUUGGUAGUGUGAACUGUGCUGAUAAUGUCGCUGGCGAGAGCUGUGUUGUGGAAGUCGGCAGUGAAGGAUGCUCAGAGGCCACUAGCAGUAAAGAACACUUUGAGAUUUCUAGUGCCGACCUUGCCGAUACUAGCUGCGAGGAAAUUCUUCGCAACUUUGGCAGUGAUAGUAGUAUGGUAGAUCUUGGCAGUGAAAAUUUUUCAGAGCCUACUGGUAGUAAUAAAUGUACGGAGGAGGUGGCCAAGGAAGAUUGUGCCGACAUUAGCUCUGCAGACCUUGUUCCAGGCUUUGACAGUGAAAAUUGUGGCGGUGACAUCGGCAGUGAGGGCAUGGAAUUCAUUGCAAGUGAGAACUUUGUCGAAGACAUUGGCUCUGAAGAGAGCAUGGAACUAUUUAGUGGGAUUGACUCUGAGUCUAAGCAGCUAAAAGAUGCAGUUGCAUUAAAUGAAAUCAGCAGUGAUUCUAGGCAGUGUGAAGAUGUCUAUGCUGCGAUAGCUGCCGGGAAAUUAUUACGAGUGGCCGUUGAAAGACUGGAGGAUAUUGAUACUCACAGUGCAAUUGGAAUGUUGUACCGUAAGGCCAAAAAGGCUUUAAAGUAUAACAGAGCCCCUUGCAAAGGUGUCGAAAUCUCGGGAGACAAGCAUGAUGUGAGGCCUGACAAUUCACAGGCUGAGAACAUGGGCAUCGAAGAGAAAGAGAGAAGUGUUGCCCAAUCUUCAGCGAGAAAGUCACCUGCCUGUCAUCGACAGACCUCAAGACCUUCCAAGUCCCUGCAUAAAGAUGUCGGAGCCCCUAGUAGCCAGAGCAGGGGAAGAAGAACCAGUGAUUCGCAAGCUCAACACCGAAGCCCACGAGAGCAAGACAGAAGUGUUAAACCCUCUUCGGUCGAGAUGGCACCAGCUUCUGACCAACAGACCUCAAAGUCUUCCAAAAGUUCUCACAAAGACCUCGGGGCCUCUGGCAACCAGCAUUCCAGGGGUCAAACCGACGAUUCACGUGCUCAGCAUGCAAACACUAAGAAACACGAUGGAAACGUCGUGCCUCUUUCAGAGAAGUCGUGUUCCUCUGUCAAGCCGACAUCAAAGUCCUCCAAGACCUUGCGCAAAGAUAGCCGGGACACUCGCAACCAACGUCCUGAAAAAUCAGCUAAACAUUCGGAAACUCGGCAUUUAGGUGUAAGAAAGAAAGACCAAAGUGCUGAUCCUCUCGCAGUGGAUAAAUCAUCCAUUUGCCACCAAAAGGCCUCAAAGUCAUCCAAGGCUUCCCACAGUGAGGUCCAGGUUUUCAAGAGCAAGGGCAGUGAGGGUAGUUCCAAUAAAACAGAAACACAGCGUGCAGUCACAGAAAAGCAAAGGGAAGCUGUUGAACCUUCUCCAUUGGAAAAGUCACUGGGCCGUGACCAGCAGGCCUCAAAGUCUUCCAGAGAUUUGCACAAUGAUGUUCGAGCCUCUGACAACCAGGUCCAGGUCUGUGAGAAUCGGGAGAGGACGCCUGACAGUCCAGAGGAACGGCGGGCAGGAGGCAGCACGCAACAGCAAGACGAAUGUGCUGAGACUCUUCAAAUGGAGAAGUCACUUUCUUACCACCAGAGGGAGCCACUGCCACCAACUGACGUGGGCAAAGAACCUGGUCUGCUAGACCAAGUCCUCGACCUAGGUGAGCUUCCGGAUGCCAUAAAGUGCCUACUGGACUCUGAGGUUCCACUCCCCGAAUUGGAUGCUGACUGCUUCAGCCUACCGCCUGACUCUACCCGUUGGCUCUCUGAUGAUGGUGUGGUUGAGAAGCGGAAACCCGAUGAGCGCCCCCAGGCCAACAAGGAGGAGCCGCCAUUCUGCCCCUCGGGCGACAUCAUGCUUGGAGACCUGACCAAGGCUUGCUCGCUCACAAAUGAAGGCCUCGUUGCUCUUGUGCCAGCCGUACCCCCACCAAGCUGUGGCCCGCAUUUCAACAACAGUGGCUCAACCACUGCUCGUGUCCGCAAGAAGUGCUUGAGAGGUCUGGCCCACUGGCAGAAGACCAAACUGGAGGCAUUUGCACGGGACUCGUGCUUUGAGGUGGACUUUGAGCACAACCCUGAACUUCGCAUAGCCUUCUGUCGUGACCGUAGUGUGGUGCUGACGCCGGCGCGGUCUGCGCCGACCGUCGCCUUGCUGGCACCAACCCGUCAGCGGCCACCACCCAGUCCAGACGACGACGUUGUGAGCAUCCGUGAGCUGCCGCCUUCUGAUGCCUCACCUGACCCAACCAUACUUUUGGUGUCCCCGCCAAGCACACCCCCACGACAUGAGACCAGCACGUCACAACUUGGAUGGACCGUCAGGACGCUUUGCCCUCAGUGGAGCCAGGCUGCCUGCAGACACGCCGGGCAGCAGCUGCAGAGGUCUCUUAUGAUUUCUUCCAUCGAGACCUUCUGGCGAGAUCUCACAUACACGGACGCCACGCUGAGGCUUCGGUUUCCCAGCCGCACUUGUACAGCAGUGACCUCCGAAGCACUGCUGCAAAGGUGUAGUAAUCACUGGGAUUCCGACGGUCCUCUCCUUGCGGUGACGCACAAGCCUGAAGCCUUCAUCGUCCAGAUCUGUGAUGUCAGCUAUGUCACAGUCAUCAAUAAGCGUAGGCUCGUCGUCUGUUUCUGUAGCCUUAUAUCUCUUACAUUCACGGUUGCUCUCAGGGAGCGGGUGCUGACGGUGCUAAGCGUGGAGGUGCACGUGCGGACACGCAGCGACCUCCGUCCUGACCCGGCACAUGACUCCGUGCAAUGCGUGCUUUGGUGUGCACGUGGCCAUGGCACGGAAGCGCCUCUCGAGGCGGGCGCGAUGCACUGGGUGCUCGGAGAUCCCCGGCUGGCGGACAUUGAAGACCUCGCAGGAACCUCGCUACACCGUACGGGCGUGGCCACCCCAGGCCUGCGCAACCAGGUUGUGCGCUCAGAGCUGGACCUUUUCCAUGCUUUGGUCGACCUGGUGCACAGAUGGGACCCCGAUGUCCUACUGGGGUAUGAUGUGGAGCGGGCAUCCUGGGGCUACCUGUUUGAACGGGCCGAGCAAUUGAACCUGGACCUGUAUGCGCGGCUCUCGCGGGCGCCACCUCCGCCAGGUCGCAAAGAGAUCUUGGGGCGCAUCCUGCUUAGUGUCUGGCGGAUCCUGCGCAAAGAGGUCACACUGAACAUCUACACCUUUGAGAACACCUACUACCAUGUGAUGCAUCGGCGAGUGCCCCUCUACUCGUUUCGCCUGCUUUCGGAAUGGUUCAGCAAGGACCUGUUCAGGUGGCGGACUGUGGAGCACUACGCACUGCGGGCCCGUGGCAACCUGGAGCUGCUCGAUGAGCUGAAUGUGUUUGGCAAGACGAGCCAGAUGGCCCGCAUCUUUGGCAUCCAGUUUCUUGAGGUGCUCAGCCGAGGAUCGCAGUUCCGGGUGGAGUCUAUGCUCCUGCGGCUGGCACGCAGCCACCGAAUGGUGGCGCUCAGCGCGUCUACGGCCCAGCGCGCCCGGCAACGGGCGCCCGAGUUCAUCCCCCUGGUGCUGGAGCCUCGGGCGCAGCUCUACACGGACCCUGUCGUGGUGCUGGACUUCCAGUCCCUCUACCCGUCGGUCAUCAUCGCCCACAACUACUGCUACUCCACCUGCCUGGGACGCGUCGAAAACCUCGGCAGUUCGGCCCCCUUCGGUUGCUCUUCGCUGGAGGUGCCCACACAGCUUGUCAAGAGCCUGCGCGACCACAUCACGGUGUCUCCAGCCGGCGUGGCAUUUGUGAAACCCUCCAUUCGCAGAGGCCUGCUGUCGCAGAUGCUGGACGAGGUUCUUGGCACACGGAUCAUGGUCAAAAAAGCCAUGUCCCAAAGCACAAACAAGGGACUCCGGCGAGUGCUGGACGCACAGCAGCUAAGCCUCAAGCUGAUUGCCAAUGUGACGUACGGCUACACAUCUGCUGGCUUCUCGGGACGCAUGCCGUGUGUGGAGGUGGCCGACAGCGUGGUGAGCAAAGGUCGCGAAGCCCUGGAGCACGCCAUCCGCACGGCUGAGGCUAUUAUCCCAGGUGCACGGGUUGUGUAUGGUGACACGGACAGCCUGUUUGUACUGAUGGAGGGCCGGUCACGGGAGGAAGCCUUCCGACUGGGCCAGGAGAUUGCUGACCGGGUGACAGCGCAGAAUCCACGCCCAAUGCGCUUGAAGCUGGAGAAGGUGUACCAGCCGUGCGUGCUCCAAACAAAGAAGCGGUACGUUGGAUUUGCCUACGAGAGCCCUGACCAGCAGGAACCCAAGUAUGAUGCCAAGGGCAUCGAAACCGUGCGUCGCGACACUUGCCCUGCUGUUGCUAAGCUCCUGGAGAAGAUGCUGCGGGUGCUGUUCACCUCACGGGACAUAGUUGCAGUCAAGCGCUUUGUCAAGCUGCAAUUAUCCAAAAUCUUGGCUGAGCGGGUCAGCCCCCAGGACUUCAUCUUUGCCCGCGAGUUUCGUGGUCUGCACGGCUACCAGCCCAGUGCGUGCGUUCCUGCUCUUGAGAUUACCAGGUGAGACUCUCAUUUCUUGAAA